AUGAUCACGAUCCUGCUACUGUCUGCCUUGGUGGCUGGAGCUCUCAGCUGUGGGCUCCCCACUUACCAGCCCCACCUGCCCAGGGUGGUUGGGGGUGACGAUGUGAGACCCAACAGCUGGCCUUGGCAGGUGUCCCUGCAGUACACCUACAAUGGAGCGUGGCGCCACACCUGUGGAGGGUCCCUGGUGGCCAAUAACUGGGUUCUGACAGCUGCUCACUGCAUCAGCUCCUCCAGAACCUACCGUGUGGUGCUGGGACGACACAGCCUGUCCACCAAUGAACCUGGCUCUGUGGCCAUCAGCGUCUCCAAGCUUGUGGUGCAUGAGAAGUGGAACCCCAGCAAGCUCUCCAGCGGGAAUGACAUUGCCCUGCUCAAACUGGCCAACCCUGUCUCCCUGAGUGACAAGAUCCAGCUGGCCUGUCUCCCACCUGCUGGCACCAUUCUCCCCAACAACUUCAGCUGCUAUGUCACUGGCUGGGGGAGACUGCAAACCAAUGGAGCAUCUCCUGACAUCAUGCAGCAGGGACAGCUGCUGGUUGUGGACUAUGCAACUUGCUCCAGUCCUGAUUGGUGGGGCAGCACCGUGAAGACCAACAUGAUCUGUGCCGGAGGUGAUGGCGUGAUCUCCAGCUGCAAUGGAGACUCUGGGGGUCCUCUGAACUGCCAAGCUGCCAACGGCCAGUGGGAAGUGCAUGGCGUGGUGAGCUUCGGGUCCUCCCUUGGCUGCAACUACUACCAUAAACCCUCUGUCUUCACACGGGUUUCCAACUACAUCGACUGGAUCAGGAAGGAAGAAAAUCAUGAUUCCUUGUGGCAGGACCCCAGUCAAGUUCAGCUUUUAAAGUGUCACCAGCCUUUGAAGGAACUGGCUAACAGAACCCUUCAAGGCCUUUCCCCAGAGAAUUCUGCCUCCUUUCCAGUCUCAGCUGCCACAUCAGUCACCAGACAGCAGUCCCAGCAGGUCAACGAGAAACUAUCAAAGACAGUGUCUUGUCCCGAGCAUGAUUACAAAGUCCAGGUGGGAGCAGCUUCUUGA